UUUUGAAGGGUUGUUGCAGUCUCAUAUUUACGGUAAUGCAUGUUUACGUCACGAGUUGAACGGAAGUGUGAUUACGCACGCAUCUCUUACUUGAAACAUUGUUGGCCUUAAUCGAUCUUUUACAUAUGCCAAAUUGGACCACUAUCAACAUUUGCCAUAGUGUAAGAAUUUUUAAAAAUUGAUUAUUUAUUGCAUAUUGGCUAGCUACAAAAUUGUAACAUAUUUACUUAACAGAGAAUACUGGGCUGGCUAGCUGCUACAAGAUGGCUAGCUGCAAUUUUCAGGCACAGUUGGUAUCCGUUAUGGAGGUAUUAGCUAAAGCAGCUGUAGCAGAAAUAAACAAACGUGUAGAUGAUAGCUGUGCUGUUAUACGUUUGGAAAUGACCCAAAGCCAGCGAGAUAUUGAUGUACUGAAAAGGAAGUGGCAAAUGAUGGAGAGCGAGUUGAAGAAGACGCGAGGACGAGUCAGAAGAAAAGUUUUUUAUCCCAUGGCAUCAGAGAGAUCUUCAUAUCCAGUCAAGAUUGUUUUGAACAAGCAGAGUAGCUCACAGUGGAGAGACGAAGAACUGGCUGUUGAAGAAGACUCUCAGCCACAGCCUACAGAUGUGGAGCAGAGAGUGGAGACUGAACCCAUACUGAUCAAAGAUGAGGAGACAGCAGAGUACGUGUGGAAGGCUAACGCUCAGGAAGAGCUCAGGAUCACUGGAGAGGAGUCUGGUUCCAAGCCUGGGAAACCACCAUCCUGUGAGCAACGGCACUGUGAUGACGACUUCAUCACACAACCCAGCAUGUCUCCCGAAGACUCAGUGGAACAUUACCCCAAUUCUGAUCGUCCAGAGGAACCAGGCACACCCCGGCUCGCUUCUACAGAGGUAUUCCGCACAGAACAGCACCGGCCAGCCAAGGACGAGGACUCACUAGAGCUUGUGAUGGUGAAGAAUGAGAAAGAGGAGGAGCUGGGUCAGACCACAGCCCUGGCAGGACCUGACCAGUUUGUCAUGGAUGAGACUGAUGGGCAGCUGUGGACCUCUGUGGAUCCAGGUGGAGACACUGACCCUGUCUGCCACCCAGAUUUCUCCUUUCAUUCCACAGAAGAGUACUCUCAGAAUAUCUCAAUUUUCCCAUCUCAUAGUGGGCUGCCAUCUGUUCCUACUAUGACAGAUGAUGUAGGGCCAUCGCUUCACUCUUCUAUAGGAAAACCACAUGCUAACAUGUUCAGUGCAGCAGCACACAGGAAAAGACAUGUCAGGACAUCGGCUGAUGAGACUAGACAACAGAUGCCAGAGGGACAGAGCAGUGAAAGGCUGAACUCAAAUAAUGAUGGAAAUAGUUUAGCUCUACAGCCAAGGCAGCAUCAGUACAGGGCUUCAGAAGCAACAGUGAGAUUGAGUGAGUGCAUGACAGGGUCAAACAUGGCCACCACCUCCACCUUCUCUGGAUACAGCCUGAGUCACAGUAGUUUUAACAUGGUGAAGAGAAUGAGGAGUCAGUGGAGGUCGGGCGGCACCACUGAGAGGCGUUUCAGCUGCACCUUCUGUGGGAAGAGCUUCCAGCGUUUCUGCCAGCUCAAAGUACACCUCCGGAGUCACACCGGAGAGAAACCAUACACCUGCGAACAGUGUGGCAGGAGUUUUACCCAGCAGUGCAACCUGAUCAGACAUGCUGUGGUCCACAGUGGGGAGAAACCCUUCGAGUGCAAACAGUGUGGGAAAUGCUUCACCCAGCGCUCUAGCAUGAAGUCACAUCAGAAAACUCACAUAGGAGAGAGUCCAGUGUCUCAAUACGUGGUACCCGCAUACCCUGGGGAUCCACACACAAGUUUAAAGCGCAACUGAAGGCAAUAAACAUCUUCUGAUAUAAAAAGGCUAUGUAUCACAGAUGAGUCAGAAACAUUUAUUCUAUUGUCAAAUUGUAAAUAGGAUAGUUGUGUUCAUAAAUUCAGUCUCAUCCAAAACUGAGUUUUGUAAGUAGGUUCGACAGAACUUACUUUUGGGUUGGGUUUUGAUUUGACCAAUGCUCACUUGCCCACUAACACCGGAUACACAGCUGUGGUGAUUGCGCUCUAUCCAAUCCACCGUAGAACACACAGCUUUUCAGACACACCUGACACACCAUCUCACUCUGUUUAACUUGAGAAAUACAGCACCAAACAUCUUAACUAUAAGUAAAAUUACUCAACUAAAACCUCGUCAAAAACGUCCAAGUUAACUCAAGAAGUCUAUCUUAGAUUCAUAAUGCUUGCAUCGUUCCUAUGGGGUUUCAUGGGGGACAAACAUUAUUAACUGCCACAUCGAAACUCACCCCCAAGUCUGAAAUCUGUUUUUUCUUAAAAGAGCAACAGAGAAAUGUGGAAUUAGUGCGUUCAGUCGCUCUUUAAUGUUGUCUCAAACCAGAUGAAACAAAUAGAUAAUAAUUGCAUAGUUUUCCUGUAACACUUUCUAUGUACAAAUGUGUUACAGAAGGUAAUUUGAGACAUUUUGACAAGCUUUUCCUCCAAAUUGAUUUGUAAAAUGGUUUUCAUGUUUGACUGUUGACGGCUCUUCACUUUAAUUUCAACAACCUAUUUCCAACUGGUAAUGUGUGUUUGUACCACAAAAUCAUAAAAACCAUGCUAUAUUCAAUAACAUAUAUUUAAUGAAAGAGUCAAUUUGCCAAAAUAAAAAGUUUUAGCUUCACUGUCCGAAUAAAUAGUAGGGGAGUGUUUAUGUAUGUGCCUUAAAACCCCUACGUAAUGAACCUCAAUGUAAAUCAGCUAUAAUGCAUCAAUAGUUACUUGAAAUAUAUCAUGAAAUUAAGUUCACAUGAAACUAGUUUAUGGUCUUUGUUUGCCAGCUGUGUUUCAAACAAGUUAUAUACUUUUUUCUAUCCUUUAAUAAAUACCAUACCACAUUUUCAGAAUGGUUUCAUUAGGUUGUGUCGAUGAGAAUGGAGAUGACAAUAUCAAAGCUGCACACACGUACAGUUUUAUCAAUUGUGGCCACCUCCCUGUUUUCCAUUUUGUCCCGCGGAGUCAUCACAAACUGAAGAGGAAGUGGCCCAUUAAGAAUAUGGAACCUUCCCUUCAAGACGCCGAUCACCCACUUUAUAACAAAAUGCACAUUCAUAUUUUCAUAAUAUUAUUUUGGUUCAUGAAAUAUGUCAUAGCUUUUCAACAAAGUUUUGUCUUUUGGAACCACGACAGCCAACGCUCCGUCCUUGUUCAUCCUAUAACAUCCUGACUCUUCUCCACUCUGCUGUUCUCGGGUGCGUUCACCAGGAUACAACGUUUUAAAACAUUUGUACCUUUGGAACCAACCUGGUCUAAGAGCAUUUCAUAUUAUUCUGCAGGUAAAUCUGAGACACUCCAUUUGGUAUGAUAUGUUACAUUUUGUAUGGUUUGUAUUCAUUUGUGGAUGUCCAUCACCCAUUUCAUAUGAUAUGUUUCGAAUUACAAUUCAAAUAAUAUCUUACGAAUUUUCAAAAUGUACAAUAUGUUAUGAAUUUCCAAAAUGUAUGAUAUAAUAAUAUGUUACGAAUUCGAGCUAGGUGGCUAACGUUAGCUAGCUGGCCAACAUUAGCUGGGCUAGGGGUUAGGGUUAAGUUAAAGGGUUAGGGGAAGGGUUAACUAACAUGCUAAAAAGUAGUAAGUAGUUAAAACAUUGCUAAAAUGCUAAACUUGUCCUUGAUAAGAUUCAAACUCGCAACCUUUAACGUUAUGCAUCCACCCCGACAAACCACCCUACUUUCAUUUUUGCCCUAAGUAACCAUCUGUCUUGUGUAACCAAAUGUAACAUAUCAUAUCAUACUAAUUUGAGAGUCCGAGAGGUAUAUUUACUAUGUUAUGUCUAGUCUAUGAGACCAGGCUGUUGGAACAGCCUGCUGGAGGAUCUGACGGCCUCAGAGACAGUAGACAUUUUUAAGAGAGAGCUCAAUACAUACCUUUCUAUCUGUGCUUUUAUUUAGGGUAAUUUUAUUGUGCUAUUUUAUCUACCUGAUAUAAUUUGAUUUGCUUUAUUCCAUUUUAUUUAUCUUAUUUUCCUUCCAACAGUCUCUCUGGUUUCAGUGAUGUUUUAUUACUCCUGUUAUCUGUUUAAUUUUAACAUUUCCAUUUGUCUAGAUCAUCUAUUUUAUCUUUGUAAUUUUUAUUUCUUAUUUUACUUUUUGUUUUAAGAACUUUGAAAUGCAUUCACUUGUAGAAAUGUGCUCUAUAAAUAAAGUUUGAGUUAACUACGCCG